AUUAUUAUAGUUAGUAUGUCUUGCUCAAUUAAAUGUUAUGCUAAUCAUUUAGAUACUCAGAAAAAACCUAACUCUACUUUACAUUUCCCCGAUCGAGCCGUAGUUUUCGGAUUCUGUAGCGUAACUAACAAUAAUUCAUUUCAUAAUAUUAAUAAUAAGUUAAACCAAAAAGCUAGGGUUUCUAAGAUAGAUACUGAUUUUUCAGAUGUUAUUACUAAUCUCGAUAGACCUCCUCUCGAUAAUGAUUUAGUUUUACGAAACCCUAAGUUAUACGGCAAGUUUAAAAAAAGAAGUAAAAAAAGUAUAUGGAAACGAGUUGAGAGUUUGCGUGAUUCGAGAAGUGAAAAUAGGGAUGAGAAUGAGAAUGGACGGAAAGGUGUGUUGGUGGAAAAUGAAGACGACGUGUUUUUUGAGGAGAUUGGAGUGGAUGCGGUUGGGUUGAGUUUAAGGCGUUGUAAUUUUGUGUUGGAGAAGUUAGAGAACGAUGGACGGGAUGAUGAGUGUUUAAAGUUUUUUGAGUGGAUGAGGGUUAAUGGAAAGUUGAUGAGAAAUGUGAAUGGUUAUAAGUCGGCUUUGAGGGUUUUGGGUAGAAGACAAGAUUGGGAAGGGGCGGAAAGGUUGGUUGAAGAGAUGGAGAGGGAGUCGUGUUGUGAAAUUGGUUAUCAUGUUUUUAAUACGGUUAUUUAUGCUUGUCAUAGACGAGGACUUGUGGGGAUGGGGACAAAGUGGUUUAAAAUGAUGUUGGAUAAAGGUGUUGUGCCGAAUGUUGCUACUUUUGGGAUGGUUAUGAGUCUUUAUCAAAAAGGUGGGGUUGUUGAUGAAGCCGAGUUUGCGUUUUCACGAAUGAGGGAUUUUGGCGUUGUUUGUCAUAGUGCGUAUUCUGCUAUGAUCACUAUGUAUACGCGUGCUGGGUUAUAUGAAAAGGCGCAAGAGGUUAUUGGGUUUUUGAGGGAAGAUGAAGUGGUUUUGAAUAGAGAAAAUUGGUUAGUUUUGCUUAAUGCUUAUAGUCAACAAGGGAAGUUAGAUGAGGCCGAGAAAGUAUUGGUCGCAAUGAAUGCAGCUGGUUUCGCCCCUCAUAUAGUUGCUUACAAUACACUUAUAACUGGAUAUGGGAAAGUCUCGAAUAUGGAAGAUGCGGAAAUAAUUUUUCAGAAUCUUGUGUCUGCUGGUUUGAGGCCUGAUGAGAGCACAUACAGGACCAUGGUUGAAGGUUGGGGUCGAGUACAAAACUUAAACGAGGCAGAGCGGUAUUAUAAGGAAAUGUAUGGAUUAGGCUUUAAACCGAACUCAUCAAACUUGUACACAAUGAUCAAUCUGCAAGCCAAAUAUGGACAUGAAGCAGGAGCUAUCAGAAUUAUUGAUGAUAUGAUUACAAUGGGAUGCCAGUUGUCUUCUAUUCUCAGUAACGUUUUGCAAGCAUAUGAGAAGGCCGAAAAGUUUGAUAAAGUUCCAUCUGUUGUGAAAGGUUUGCUUUACAACCAUGUUUUGAAUAAUCAAACGUCGUGUUCGAUUCUUGUAAUGGCGUAUGUGAAACACUGCUUGGUAGAUGAUGCAAUUGAAGUUUUAGGGAUUAAAAAGUGGAAAGAUAAAAUUUUUGAGGAUAGUUUGUAUCAUUUAUUAAUUUGUACAUGUAAGGAGUUUGGUCAUCUUAAUAAUUCUAUAAAGAUAUACGUAUCCAUGCCAAAACGUGACAAGCCUAAUUUGCAUAUCACAUGCACUAUGAUUGAUAUUUAUAGUUGUUUGAAUCAAUUUACUGAAGCUGAAGCCCUGUAUAUAAAGUUAAAGUCUAAAGGUAUUGCUUUGGAUUUAAUAGCCUUUAGCAUAAUUGUAAGGAUGUAUGUGAAAUCGGGGUCCUUAAAUGAUGCGUGCUCUGUUUUGGAUGAAAUCGAAAAACAAAAGGAUAUUGUUCCAGAUGUAUAUUUAUUUCGAGAUAUGCUUCGAAUUUAUCAAAGAUUGGGGAUGGUAAAUAAAUUGGCUGAUUUGUACUACAAAAUUUUGAAAGCUGGAAUUUCUUGGGAUCAAGAAAUGUACAACUGUGUAAUAAAUUGUUGCGCUCGUGCUUUGCCUGUUGAUGAGCUUUCCAGGCUUUUCAAUGAGAUGAUCCAGCAUGGUUUUUCACCGAAUACAACAACGUAUAAUGUAAUUCUUGAUGUUUAUGGGAAAGCUGGGCUUUUCAAAAAGGUAAGACAGGUGUUUUGGAUGGCUAAAAAACAAGGCACGGUUGAUGUUAUAUCUUAUAAUACCGUAGUAGCUGCAUAUGGUAAAGGUAAAGACUUAAGGAAUAUGGCUUCCGUUGCUAAACGAAUGAAGUUCAAUGGGUUCUCUGUUUCUCUUGAAGCCUAUAACUGUAUGUUGGAUGCCUAUGGGAAAGCAGGUGAAAUGGAGAAGUUCAAAAACGUAUUGUUGAGAAUGAAGGAAUCAAAUUGUGCUUCGGAUCAUUACACAUUUAAUAUUAUGAUCAAUAUAUAUGGAGAAAAAGGUUGGAUUGAAGAAGUUGGUGAUGUACUACUGGAACUGAAGGAAUCUGGGCUUAAACCCGAUUUAUGUAGCUAUAACUCCUUGAUUAAGGCUUAUGGGAUUGCGGGAAUGGUUGAAGAUGCUGUGGAUUUGGUAAGAGAAAUGAGAAGAAAUGGCAUCGAGCCUGACAGACUUACAUAUACUAAUCUGAUUUCUGCUAUGCACAAGAAUGAUAUGGUGUUAGAGGCACUUAAGUGGUCCUUAUGGAUGAAACAAAUGGGGAUCUAAAGUCUUUGACUUCCAUAUUUGUAUUCUUAAGCCUAGACUUGUUUUGGGGUUCCAAACCUCCUAUUGUCUUUACCCAGCGGCAAGGUGCUUAGUUUUGUUCGAAAAGGAAUGCUUAUUCCCCUACUGUGCUGGUGCGAACUCGGGAUCGUGCAAUUCCAUAUCGAUCUAUUGGAAAAUCCGACCAGCGGUAUGCAAUUCUCUCUUAACAUUUCUGUUUCUCAUCAUCUGUAUUUAUUUCUACUUUGUCACCCCUCUUGAAUAGUUGGAGAAGGCGGGUACAUCAAGCUAGGAUAUUCACAUGUAUACCCUGAAAAGUAAAAAGUUGUAUUGUUUUGCAGUGUUAAAAAAUAAAGAUAAAAUAAAGUUUUUGGCUA